AUGCGUGCUACUACCAUGGCCACAACAAGGGGCGUUGUGGCGACCGCCGGCCAACUUCACGUAUUGCGCGAUCAAGUCGAUACUUUUCGGGAAGGUGUUGAUAUCGUUCUCGUUCCCGGUAUUGGAACUCCUUUACCCGCGACCUGGCCAUUUGCUAAGCCCGAGUGGCUCACUACCCUGCCUGGCUCCGGUGCUGGAACACGCGUCCUUGCCUACGAGUAUCCCUCGCCAUUUACGGGGAGCAGACCUUCAUGGGAGUCAAUUCUGAUGCUAGGCUACGACCUUCUCCAAAUUCUAAGUGACGCUCUAUCAGGAUAUGAUCCAGAUCUGACCACCAAGAAGCCAAUUUUGAUUGUCUGUCAUAGCUUGGGCGGCCUUAUAGUCAAGCAAUCUUUGUGCGUUGCCAACAAGCAGUUUCCUCGGUACGGAUCAGUGGUCAAUGCUAUCGCGGGGGUCAUCUUCCUGAGCACUCCACACCGUUAUGGCGACAAAUCAAUGAACCUGAUGCGGUUUCGAGACAUCGUAGAAGCAACAACCAAUAGGGCUUUCAAGAUUCCGAAUGCCAACAUUGAGCAAGAAGGCACCAUUUUGCUGGACCUUGCAAAUAGAUUCGAAGGGAUCUCGUUCCGCACUCCUCUACUAUCCGUCUAUGAACUGAGAGAAUCGAGAAACAGCUCAACAACUUUACGGCAGAAAUACCAACAAUUGGUGAACCGUGAAGCAUGUUCGACCCAUGCCCCAAUGGAAACAGUAGUCGGCCUCAAUCUCGACCAUUUUGAUACAUGUCUAUUUACCAAAAGUGUUGGUGGUGAAGGUCUACCAGUACUCAACAACUUUAUUUACGAGACUUUGUAUGAUGCAGUGAAUCUUGUUGCAAUGCGAUUUGAAGAGCACGAGUAUCAAUACGCCACAAUGAGCACCUAUUCACCUACAAUGAGCGAAUUCCCGCUUACAGUUGAGCAACAGGACUCUACGAAAUGGCCGUCUCUCAAAACAACAGAAUGGAUAUCGAAUAGAGCAACAGAAGGAACAUCCAUUUCAGGCUUUGAUCUUGUUUAUCCCACGCCGCCAAUUGCAGAGAAUAAGAAGCCGCUCCACUUGCCCUGCAUCCUUCUCAACACACAUUCUGCCAAUGAAGAUUUUUGUGGUCGCGAAGAUAUCUUGGAGCGUCUUGCUACAGAGCUUCUGCCUUCAAAAUCAAUAGCAACGGCUUCAGGCAGCGGUCUACGACAGUUUGCGCUCUGCGGUUUUGGUGGUAUUGGAAAGACAGAAAUAGCCCGCGAAUUCUCCCGACGUCACAAAGAAUCCUUCGAUGCUGUAUUCUGGGUGAUGGCAGAUAAGAUUGCAAAGCUUGAUCACCAUUACCAGGAAAUUUCGUUAGCAUUGGGACUCGAAGAUCCGGCGGAAUGCAAAAGCCAAGUUGUUACCAGGGAAAUUGUGAAAGGAUGGCUCUCCAAUCCCCGAAAACAUCUGUCAGGCUCGGACGAGUUUGCACAACCCGGUGAUUCUAGCUCUGAAGCGACGUGGCUUCUGGUCUUUGACAAUGCAGAUGACCCUAUGAUUUUAGCAGAUUACUGGCCUCAAGGUAGCGGGUCGAUCCUCGUUACUAGCCGCGAUCCAUUGGCAAAAAACAUGUUUACGAGAAGACCGUCAGGCUUGGAUCUCGGUCCACUGACACAGCGGGAUAGCCUUUCCCUUUUCAACCAUCUCGCCACCAAUUCCAACGAAUCAAAUGACGAUAUAAUCCACCAAAUCUCUGAUACACUUGGUGGUGUUCCUUUGGCCAUUUCGCAGAUGGCAGGUAUCAUCCGACGACAAGACCUCACUUUGUCUGAAUUUUUCGAGCUGUAUUUGGAUCAUGAAGAACACGCCAAUCUCUAUGAGACAAAGUUCGAUACUAAUUUGGUCACAUACAAUCAUAGCCUCUCAACUGUUUGGGCACUUGAAAAGCUGAAGCCCCAGUCUCGACAACUAUUGGAGCUGAUGUCAUUCGUUGAUCCAGAUACUAUUAGCGAAGACUUGUUGAUGGAAUUGGCUGCAAAACUUCUUGAGGUCGAGGGCACACAUUUCAAGAAAAGUAUUUACAUUGAGGCUCGAACCGACCUCUUACAGUCAUCCUUGAUACAAAGAGAUAAACAAAAGCAACAAGUAUCGGUCCACCGCAUAAUCCAAGACGUCGUUUUGGCUACGAUAAAUGACACGAAGAAACAAUCCAUGUUUGACCAUGUCUUACGUGCCCUUUGGUCGAGUUGGCCAUCAGCAAUGCCCAAGCCAUCAAAGGAGCCAGAGCUACCUCUGCCAAAAUCAAAUGGCGGUCGGUUAUCUGUUGGAAGGUGGCCUGACUGCGCAGCAACUUACCCCCACGUCUUAAAAAUACACCAGAUAUGGCCAGUUAUCUCAAAUCCCCCUGAUGCCACUAAGAUGCUUUUCGCAAAGCUUUUGACUGAGGCUGCAUGGUACCAAAAAGAGCGUGGACGAACAAAACAAUUCGAUGGUUUUUUCGAAACAGCUCGCAGUAUCUGUGAGUCAACAACACACGCAGAUCGAGAUUCCCUGCUUGCAGACAUCUACUUCUGCCUGGGAUCUAUCGCCAUGGAUGCGAGCGAUUUUGAGACGAGCCGCAUUCACAAAGAGAACUCCCUAGAUCUAGUUUCCAAAAUAUGCAAAGUCUUGGGUACUGAAGACGAGAGGCUAUACCUCGCCUACGCGGAGCGGGGAAUCUCUCGCAUACAAGACAAACGGUAUGAAGAAGGUGAAUCCGACCUUAAGGAGGCAUUACGAAUGCGCAAAGCUCUCGGCAAUUACAUUCCCCGAUCCGGCGAAGCCAACCUAAGCUGGGCACUUCUUGCGCAAGGCAAGCUUGAAGAGUGUAACGUGCUUCUCCUUGAUAGUUUGGCUGGUAGAGAAAAGGCCUUGGGGAAGAAUGACAAGGAAUCUGUCCGGACUGGACUGAUCCUGUAUGCACUUGGUAACCUCCGUGCGGCGCAAAACCAAUGGGAUGACAGUUUCGAGUACCACCAGCGAGCAUGGCACCAUAUGCUGUCGACGGUGGGGGAGAGAGACUUUUACACUGCAAAUGUCGCUCACAAGGUAGCUGAACAUUUUAUCCGGUUAGGCCAACAUGAGGAUGCAAUCGGUAUGAUCAAUGUGGCGCUCGAUAUCUGGUCUGUUGAUCCAAGCGCAUGCAAAAACGAAAUUGCCCGCACUACAUUUCUCAAGGGAAAAUUGUUUGAGAUCACUGGCAAGAUUCAAAAAGCUUCCAUUGCAUUUAAGGUUGCCUGUCGCUUGAGGAAAGAGAUUAGCAAAGAGGACCGAGAUGUGAAUAGCUUGACGACGGAAGACUUUGACGAGAUUGUUGCUUUUUGGGCUCGUUGA